GACACCCAGUCAGGGAUCCAAGAUCCAAGAACGAUAUCCAACACAGCAAACAGGAAAGAGGAACGGCAAGAUCUUCACACAUUGUUCUUAGUCUAGCUAAAGUAAAGACAUCAGAUCAGAUCAGAUCAGAUCAGCUAUAGCUAUAUCUAGCUAUAUUAGAUAUAGGAUGCCUCCCAAGAAGCGCAAGGCUCGUUCACCUGCAGGCCGUGGUGCCAAGAAGAAAGCAGUAGAGGAAGAGCAAGAGCAAGAGGCAGAGGAGGAAGAAGUUGCUUCACAUUCCCCACCUCCCAAGAAGAUCAGCAAGAAGGAAGAAGCUAGAUUGAAGAAAGAGGCAGAGAAGAAAAGGAAGGAAGAAGAAGCUGCUGCCAAAUCCUUGGAGGAAAAGAAAGAGCAGCUUUCAAGGGUCACUGCUGUCUUGAAAGAUGCGUCUUAUGCUGCAUCUGAUGCUUGUCCUCAAGCCAUUUUUGUGCAAAGUGAUACCUGCUCCACUAGUAGUACUAGUAGUACUGGUAGCACCAACACCAAUGACCAGGUCAACGACCCUGUCGUGCCCCGAGCACUCUUGAAUGCCGUACAACGGCGAGAUCUGGAGCGGGCUCGAACAAUCAUACACCAAGCUCGUUACCGGUAUGCCGUUGAUGUUGAUGUUGAUGCUGCUGGUAGCAGUACCGGAAACACGGGGGUGACGUCGACGUGGAAACUACCAUUUCCUUGUCCAAAGACGAAAACCACAAACAGCUCUGCACUCACCGUUGCACUGGCCAAUGAUCACAUACCAAUGGCAGACCUACUGGCUCAAUACUUUGGUUGGUCCUCCGCACUUAGCAACACGGCCCUUGCAGCAGCUCUCCUUCCGCCGUCAAAGCCUCAGGGAUGUUCCGAUAUAUUGUUCCAAUUCCUCAUACAACACAAGGAUCCCGCAGUCGCCAAUGCCGUGGCCGAUUCACUCCCAUAUCUUGCUAACGAAGCCAUGAAACGCGGAAAGAUCACCUUUGUUAGAAGGGUUCUUCGUCAUUGCCUGGGAUUACCCUUUAUGGAUGCCGACCUAGCAAAAACACCCACCAAUCUAUUAAUAAGCUUACGCGACAAUACCACGGGGACCCUUGGAGUUACGCCGUUGCAUCUGUUGGCCUUGGAAGCCACUGCUGGUACUGAUACUGAUACUGGUACUGGUACUGAUCCAUCCACUACUACUAUAUUCAAGGGAUUCAAGUUGGACCAAAAGACCACCAAUGCGCCCGCCUUGAACCAAUACAUCACACCUCUCCAUUUAGCAGCCUUGUCGGGAAAUUUGGACACGUACAAGACGCUACAAGAAGCAGGGGGCGAUUGGACCAUUCACACCAACGAAAGUUUGUAUUGUCUCAACUUUGCGGCUGCAGCGCCACCGUCACCAUCGCCGUCAUUGUUACAGCAAAACGUAAAGCAAGAAGAAGACGACGACCAGGGGGGCGAACAACCCAAAAAGAAAAGGGCAAAGCGAGGAAAACAAAACAAACAACAAAAGUCGAACGACGACGCCAUGGACGAGGGCGAGGGCGAGGACGAGGACGAAAAGGCUGCCGCGGACAAGCCAAAGUUUUUCCAAGAAUUCGUCGACACGGUCCGUCCUGCCGAUACUCUGAGAUACAUGACAACGCCUAUGGAGGACGAGGAUCUGGCACACGAAUUCAAUCACUCUUUAUCCAACGCCAAACGGAAAACGCUGAAAUCUGCAAUUGAAGCUGGAAGACAUCACAAUGUUGCUUGGCUCAUACAUUCGCUCGCCUUGGAAGAACCAAAAGAAACGACCAAAUGGUACAACGUCAACGCAGAAAUGGCUGUUCUGCAAGCCGUCAUACAACACUCUGACGAUCCUACCAUGCUCGCACUCUUUCUGGCACAGCCAAAGUUCCGAUCCACAUUUGUGUCCGAGGGAAAAGAUUUCGUGGGAUCGGCAGUCAAUCAUUUGCGAAGCAAAGUCGUCGGUCUCAUUGCAGACGAAUUCAAAGAUCUCAAAGAAGCCGAACGCGCCACCUUGGAAUUCACGCCAGUGCAUUUGCAACUUGCCAUUCAGAACGAGAGCUUGGAAAUGGUCAAGGCAAUUGUGGCGCUCGGUGUGGACCCCAACUCACCAGAAGUUCCCAAGUCGGCGUUGCACGUCGCCUGCGGAAUGGACUUUGUCGAGUGUGCCAAGUUCCUGCUCGACGAAUGCGGGGCCAAUCCGAGAGCCGUCACCUCGCCUCAAGGCGUUAGUGUAAUGCAGGCAGCGUGUCGCGGCGCAGCUCUCGGAUGCAUCCAACUACUGCUGGACAAAGGAGUCUCCCUCGACUUGAAAAAGGAAAACGAGAUACUCCAAAAGCAAAAGGAGCAAGACGCCAAGAACAACAGUGAUGACAAAGACAACAAUAAAAUGGAGACGGAGGAAACAUCGCCAUUCGAGGGAUGGUUCAUGGUUUUGACUGGAGUCUUUAGUGUGUCGAAAGACGUCAUUAAGAGUGUCAUCGAGAGCCAAGGAGGCAAGGUCCAACCACAGGUCAAUGGAAAGACAACGCAUUGCGUGUAUUCAGGCAAAGAUGGAUAUAGUGACUACGGCCAAAAAAUGGGGCAGGGUGACAAAAAAUAUACUGCAGCCAAGCGAAAAAAGCUGCCCUUCCUCAACGAAAACGACAUACUUCGGUAUCUGAAACGGACCGGGCAAGGCAUUGCCUCCCACGAAACCAGUGGCAACCUAUCUACGGGAGACGACAAACAAGCAACUCAGGAGGCUUCUUUCUUGCACGAUAUCAUCAAAAACUGUGCCAACAAGCAUCGUGUGUUGCCAGCUGUGAGAAAGUUGCUGGAACACGGCGCCGACCUUGAAUUCAAAAAUGAUACUGGAAGAACGCCUUUUCACUACGCGGUUCUCUACCUCCCUGAGUGCGAAUCCAACGUGCAGUUGCUGACUGUUCUCGAUCCCAAAGGCGACUUGACAAGACGGUUUGACAAGAACGGUUGCUCUCCAAUCUUGGAAGCAUGUACACUGCACAAAUGGAAGUUCGUGCUUCUGCUGCUGCACCGAAUGUCAAUCUCGAAUGUCAAUAUUUUUAUGGCUGAGCCAGAAAAGGAGCCGCAGAAAGAGGAGGAGCCAAAGGACAAGGAAAAUGAAGGCGAGAACGACGAACCUCAACAACCACCCCCAAAGCCCAAAUAUCAAAACAAGUGGACUGGGUGGAGCUUGGGUCAUUUGCUUCUUGUCAAUGGAAAGACAGAGCUAUUCCAACAGUGGGUGAAGCUAGGUGGAGAUGUGAACACAGUCACUCGCACUCCAGACGCAACACCUUUGGUGGUCGCGUCGAUUUGGCAGCCUGAAAUUUGCCGAAUGCUGCUAAUGAACCCUAACUCAGACUCGGACUCGGAUUGCAACGUGAAUGCCACAACCGCUAACGGGAAGUCGCUUCUCCACGCAGUUUUUGGGGGUGUUCAAAUCGGGAAAAAGCUCACAGCGGAAGAAGAAAGCCAAUACAAGCAGCAAGGAAUCGUGAAACCUCAUGUGUGGACUGCUCGUUCAAGCGAGGCGUCUAUCAUCCAGCUGACAAACAUUUUGACGUGGAAUCCCGACCUAGAUGCUUCGCUGAAGGAUGCGGAAGGGACGAGCGUGUUUCAUGCUGCCUGUGCUUCCGAGAGCGCUACAGCCUGCGUGCGAGCCCUCCUCAAGAGGAAUCGAGCUAUUCUACACACAGUGGACGGCCUUGGGAAUACGCCUUUGGCGAUCUCACUUUUGAACUCCAAGCUCAAUGUGUCUUUGUUCCUCAUGGACCAGGGUGCAGAUAUAAAUGGAUACGUCUACUGGCGCAAAAGCAAGAACUACGAAGCAAACAAGCAACAAGACGGAAACAGCAUUGGCAAUUCCCCGAAGAAUGCUGCUCGCGCUCGAUCGCGAAAUCAGACGAAUCCCUUGGGCGAUGACGACGGGGAAUCUGUUGAUGAAGAGAGAUUGAGACUUUCAUUUUACAGCUACGUUAUGUUGAUGGAUUUCACGCCGGACGUGGUGUACACUAUGCUGAGCCUCCCAUCUUGCGACAUGGAUGCGGCUCUUCAAUCUUCCAUCACCAUGGGCAACCUCACCUGGACGGAAAGAUUGAUUCGCAGCGUCAACGCGAAGACUCCUGCCGUGGCCGGGAAGUACGUGCGACUGCUGUUUGCCUGCAAAGCUUACCCGACUAUUCCACAGCAAGAACGAAUGCUUCAACUGAGCAAGAUACUAGUGGCAAAUGCCGGUGGGAUGACCCUUGACACCAGCGAAGAAACCGGAUACAAUGUAAUUCAUACAGCAGUGGCAGCCAAGAUGAUCAUGUCUGUGCUCGAGGGACUGCUGAAAUUGCUUGACAAAGACUCCGUUGAGGCUUUGCUGUCUCUUGACAAGAACAGUCAAACUCCUUUGCACAUGGCAGUAGCCGCGAACGGUAUAAGUACGGCUCAGGUGAUAUUGUCGUAUACAAAGGAACAUGGUGGAGCCGAUCGGGUGCAAAAUUUGCUCGAUACGAAAGAUACACAAUCGAAGACGGCACUCCACUAUGCUGUGGGAAACAAUUCUCUCGGGACGUACCUGAGCGGGGCGAUGCUUUCACUGUUGGUGCGAUACGGAUCCAAGAUUACCAUUCCCGACCAAGACGGAUUGACAGUUGCGGCGAUUGUUGGGCAAAUGCAUCCUAGCCAGCUGGAUCACUUCAAGUUGGCGUUGUCUGGGAAGGAGGAAGAUGGUGAAAUAGUAGCAUCCGUCCUUCCCAAAGAAGCACUUGAGCAAAUCGCUACGACCCAAGCAAAGCGCAAAGAGGAAACCGAACAUCGGGAGAAGGAGCAAGAAAAAGACCGGAAGGAGCAUGAAAAGCAGUGGACAAGACUGAAGAAGCAGUGGGAGGAGUUCCGUGCAGAGAGAUUGAAAGCGAAACCCCUCAUCUUUGAGGAAACGAGGAAUGCUGCGGCAUCGGGUCGCCUUUUCGUUCCUGUCGAUCGAACUUCAUGUCCGGAUCCAAUUGCGUACCAGGUGCAUAUCGGGAGCGAUGGCGACAUUUAUGAUGCUCUUCUUGUGACAUCUGAUCUUCGGUACAACGUGUUUGGAACCAACAGUUUCCAUGCUUUGCAGCUUGUGGAACUCACCGACAGCUACAAGAAAAAGCGUGUGGGGCAUGCAGCAGCUCUUGCAACAGCACAGCAAAACGAGGCAAUGUAUGCCUAUCGGCUUGGCAUGGCAAAGUACAGGGUAGUCGAGCGUUGGGGCAGGAUUGGAGAAAGUGGAGGAAAGACCCGAGCGCAAGGUUUCACCGAGCUAUCAAAGGCCAUCAGCCAUUUCGAGAAAGUCUUCAAGGACAAGACGAGAAACGAGUUCUCGGAUCGUGAGAACUUUGAAGCAGCACGGGGGGCUUACAACUGGGUCCAGAAAGUUUACGACGAGGCAGAGUCGGCUGAUAGCAAAGACCUCACCAACUCAGACGGAUCACUUCCAAAGAGUGUCGAUACGUUGUUGCGUGCAAUUACCUCACUCACCAGAGUGCGAAUGGACUUGCGCGAUGGGGGCUUCGGUGUGGACGAUUUGCCUCUUGGACAGCUUUCGCCGAACACUAUCUCUGAGGCCUACAAAAUCCUCAACGAAAUUGAGGCUCUCAUGCUGCAACUGAGGGCACUGGAGAAACUCCGAGGCCGGGCGGCACGAGAGAACCGAAGUGAGAAGAGCCAAAUCAACAGCAAACUGACUGAUUUGAGCAACAAGUUCUACACGACAAUACCACACGAUUUUGGCAAUGUGAACAUAGGUUUCCGCAAGCCAGAAGUGAUAAACUACAAAUCGAAGCUUGAGAAAUGCCUCCAAAUGCUGGCGUCAUUGGAAGAUGUCGAGAGCAGUGUCAACCUUCUACUGAGCGUGUCUGCAAAAGACACGCGUUCCCAGCGUCUGCGAAGCAUUUACGAGCUAAUGGGAUGCAAUCUCCAUGUUGUGACGCCUGGGAGUGACGAGUUCAAUCUUGUUGAGCUCUACGCAAUUCGUGGCGCAAUGGGUCGAAAUGUAAAGAUUGCUCAUCUGCUUCGGGUUGAUCGUUUUGAGGAUUCCAUUCGCUUCGUGCAGCAUGAGUCAACACGAGGCAUGAACAACAAGAGCGGGUAUCCUAUGAAUCAGUGGUUGUGGCACGGCUCGAAGAUGUCGAACUUUCUUGGCAUUUUGAUGAAGGGGUUUAAGAUAGCGCCACCAGAGGCCCCAGCUAGUGGGUACAAUUUUGGCAAAGGCAUCUAUCUUGCCGACAUGUUUGGCAAGAGCGCAUCCUAUGCUUCUGCACGUCGUCCAUACUAUGGCAACGGCAAUGAGGGAAAGAAGUCUCCGACAGCAGAUGUGGACCAUUUUCGUGCGAUGCUUCUCUGUGAGGUCGCUAUUGGCGAACCGUGUGAAUUGCGAAAUCCGAAUCCAGGUCUGACAGAGGCACCUGAGGGAUAUGACUCCGUCCGAGCACUGGGGAGACAAGCACCAGAUGGUUCUGGGAUGUUUCUCACCAAAGAAGGUGUUGGUGUGCCCCUUGGAGAAGUGAAGAUGGCCCCAGAGUCUGCUGCUGUGAUGGGUCAUAAUGAGUACAUUGUUUAUGAUGAAUCCCGUGUCCGCAUCAAGUAUGCGAUGCUGUUUGCGUGAGAGUCAGAAUAGAAGAUAGCAGGUGCAGACUGGACCUAGCUAUAGGUCAUAGUCUAAUAAACAUAGUGUUAGCUAGGUAGCGGAAUCACUAUCUGAAUCUGUACUUAUUUUUGCCACCCAUCUCGGGGAGGUCAGUAUUGCAAGAGAGUGGUCUCAUAGAUGAAACGUUUCCAUCUCUCUUCUUCGGUGUACUGACGGCAGUAGUCCCUUGCUGCAAGCCAGCCUUUUCCUUACGAUGCAAGCCCACGUUGCUCAUGUCUCGAAUGAUUAUGCCGAAAUCCGCAUCCCAGGAGUUGCCAAAAAGCCUGUGGUUUCAGUGCAGCUGGAGGACGAAACCAAUCCGUCGUCUGCGUGUUCAAGUGCGGACCAUGGAGUGGAACUCACCAUGGGAAUCGCGGUGAUUCCCUUCGGGCGACGGACUCCUACCUUCUUCGGUCGGAAGUGUGAAAGCAUGUGUCUGGGGCAAAGCUUGUUGGUUGUUGGCUGUCUCUCAGUCUGAGGGGAGAACCACCAACGCUUGAGCUGAGCAGAACAGAGCUCUAGGAAAGACAUGACACAGACUCGUGAUUGAGUCUGGGAAUGGACUCUCCUGACCACCUCGGAGCGGGCGGGCGGGGCAACCAAAGAGCAGUCUUAAUACACCAAUACAAGAGAGGUGGAUCAAGACAAACAAACAAUGGGCUCUGCGACUCAAGGUUGAUGGUCCUCGUGGAAGAGCACUGGCUGGAUGAAUCAGAUUGGGGACUCUCGUCUGUCCGUAUCCGUCUUGGCCAGAGAAUCGCUUCACGAUUCCCUUCGGCGACGGACUCCUACCUUCUUCG